CGGGGCCAAAACCGGCGGGAGCGGAGCGGGAGCGCUGUGCCGGGACCGGAGCGCAGGGAGCCGAGCAGCCGCGAUGGCUGAGGAGCUCAGUGAGCUGCUGAGGGAGUUCGACGAGGUCAUGGAGGACUUUGAUCGGGGCCCUGCGAGUCAGUACCAGCAGCACCUGGAGGAGCUGAAGAGGAAAGUGGGACAGAGUGUGUACGACAGUGGCAUCGAUGAGCUGGAGAGUGCCAGCACAUCCCCAGGAAGCAGCCUCAACUCCAGUGAGGAGCACCUCAACACCCCAGCUGACACCUAUCCCACCAAAGCAAAGCUUGGAGACACUCAGGAGCUGGAGGAGUUCAUCGCAGACCUGGAUAAAGCCUUGGAGGAGAUGUGAGCUGUGGUGUGGAGUCUGGAGAGGAGGAGCCCCAGCCCUGAGUCUCUCUGAUGCUGCCUCUGCUUCUGCACCUCUGCCGGGGGUGGGGCCGGCUCCGGGGCCGCACGGGGGACGGGGACGGGCAGCGGGGACGGAUCCGGCCGCGGGAUGAUGGUGGCAGGCGCCAGGAGAGGACGGCCCUGCGCGGGCACCGGGCCCUGCCCUACGUGGGGUCUGGCAGCUCCGGGGACCAAGGGCUUUGGGGGGGAGCUGGGCCGCUGUUGAAACCCCCAGGGUGAUUUUGGGGAAGAUCAGCUUGCAGGACAUCAGCGUGACCUCAGUGUCCCCCCCAGGCCGGGAAGCCCCGUUCCUUGGCGGCGUCUUUCACUGGUGACCUUUGCUCUGCGUGGGGAGCCCCAAAUCGGGCCCCUCCCUGCCCUCCAAGUGCCUCUGCCCCAGCUGCUGCUGUAAAUACUGUAAAAAAAGAUGUUGUGUGCUGUACAGAGGGGACGUGGCUCUGUGAACAGGAUUUUAAACCUC